AUGGCUUUGCUUGGUGCCGAGGGAGGGUCUGGGGGGUCUUCAGGGGGCCUUGGCACCUCCUGCCCUCUCUGGACCGUGCUCUAUGACUAUGAAGCCACAGGGGAAGACGAGCUGAGCCUGCGCCGAGGAGAAGUGGUCGAAGUGCUCUCCAAAGAUGCAGCGGUCUCUGGAGACGACGGCUGGUGGGCUGGCAAAAUCCGCCACCGCCUUGGCAUCUUCCCGGCCAACUAUGUGACUUAUCAGCCUGGGCGCUACCACCACCCCCAGUUUGGUUUGUUGGAGAAGCCUGGGCAUCAAGCACAAAGCCAAGUAAUGAGUGAUGGACAGCCUAUAGAUGGUGGAGACCACGUGGCAUCUCUAGCUGAGAUUGACUUCCAGCAUCUGGAAUUGCAAGAGAUCAUUGGGGUUGGGGGCUUUGGAAAAGUGUACAGAGCCACAUGGAAAGGCCAGGAAGUAGCAGUGAAAGCAGCGCGGCAAGACCCAGAUGAGGAUAUCAUGGCCACUGCAGCAAGUGUGAGGCAAGAAGCAAAAUUGUUCUCCAUGUUGAGGCAUCCUAACAUCAUUGAACUCCGUGGUGUAAGUCUGCAGGAGCCCAACCUCUGCCUGGUUAUGGAGUUUGCAAGGGGAGGACCCCUCAAUAGGGUCUUGUCUGGUGCUUCUCCCACCAGUAGCGGAAGCCAUCGUGGUCGGCGCAUUCCUCCUCACAUACUGGUCAACUGGGCUGUUCAGAUUGCUCGUGGGAUGCAAUAUUUGCAUCAAGAAGCCAUCGUUUCCAUCCUUCACAGAGAUCUCAAGUCAAGCAAUAUUCUGUUGCUUGAGAAGAUCGAGAAUGAUGAUAUUGGUAACAAAACUUUGAAGAUUACAGACUUUGGCUUGGCUAGAGAAUGGCACAGAACAACUAAAAUGAGUGCAGCAGGAACUUAUGCAUGGAUGGCUCCUGAAGUUAUCAAAUCAUCUAUGUUUUCUAAAGGAAGCGAUAUCUGGAGUUAUGGCGUAUUGCUGUGGGAACUACUUACGGGAGAAGUUCCUUACCGUGGCAUUGAUGGUCUUGCUGUGGCUUACGGCGUUGCUGUCAAUAAGCUUACUUUGCCCAUUCCAUCUACCUGUCCUGAACCAUUUGCUAAACUAAUGAAAGACUGCUGGGCACAGGAUCCUCAUAUUCGACCUUCGUUCACCUUGAUUCUUGAACAGCUUACUGCCAUUGAAGGGGCUGUUAUGACUGAGAUGCCUCAGGAAUCUUUUCAUUCCAUGCAAGAAGACUGGAAACUGGAAAUCCAACAGAUAUUUGAUGAGCUGCGGACCAAGGAAAAAGAGCUGAGGUCACGAGAAGAAGAGUUAACAAGAGCUGCUCUUCAUCAGAAGUCUCAGGAAGAAUUGCUGAAAAGACGCGAGCAGCAGCUAGCAGAACGAGAAAUUGAUGUGUUGGAGCGAGAACUAAAUAUUUUGAUAUUCCAGUUAAAUCAAGAUAAGCCCAAUGUGAAGAAAAGAAAGGGGAAGUUUAAAAAAAGCCGAUUAAAACUUAAGGAUGGACACAGAAUUAGUCUGCCUUCAGAUUUUCAACAUAAGAUAACAGUGCAAGCUUCCCCAAAUCUUGAUAAGCGAAGAAGUUUGAACAGUAACAGUUCUAGUCCACCAAGUAGUCCUCCAAUAAUUCCCCGUCUUCGAGCUAUACAGUUGAUUUCCAAUACUGACUCCAAUACAGCUAAUGGGCAACGAAACAGUAUAUAUGUGUACCAUCAAGAAGUAGAUAUAACAAGUGAAUAUGAACCUCCCAGUGGAAUUAAGAAAAAAGUGACCUCAGAUGAGAGCAACAGAACCUGGGGAAGGAGCACAGCUUGUCAUCAAGAAGAAUUUGAAGACGUGAAGCGAAGCUUUAAAAAGAAAGGUUGUACGUGGGGGCCAAACUCAGUGCAGGCGAAAGAGCGCUCAGAUUGUAAAGAGAGAAUAAGACCACUCUCAGAUGGCAGCAGUCCUUGGUCAACGCUUUUGAUGAAGAAUCAGAAAGGUGACCCAUUAGCUUCUUUGUUUUUGGACCAAGAGCAGAGGCUUUCCUCUGACAGUCUGGAUAUUAAGCGACCAAAGCAGUUGAAAUUGCCAAACCAGGCCUACAUUGAUCUACCUCUAUGGAAGGAUGACCAGGGACUAAAUUGUGCAGAACAGGAGAGCACUGAAGAAGGGAAUUCAGCAAGUUCUGCAAGUAGCACUCCACAAAUGACUCCUACAAACAGUCUGGGUAGAACAUUACAGAAAAAGAAAACUGAUUCUGUGCUGUAUGGAUGCACCGUCCUUCUAGCAUCCAUAGCUCUGGGGUUUGAUAUUAGGGAGUUGAAUAAAGGGCAGGUUUCAGAGGAAGUAUUGCCCAAGGAAGAAAAGAAAAAACGUGAUGGACUAUUUCAACGAGCUUCUAAGUUUCGCAGGAGUUCAAGCCCAGUGAGAUUGCAAUCUAAAAAAGAGGAGCCACACAUCACUUCACCAUGUCAGUGUGCAAAUACUGUGAAUCUUUUGUCUAUGCCUUCUGUUUCCACAAAAUGUCUUCUUCAUUCUGACAAUGAAGAUACAAUUGUGAGCACACCACCCAGGCAUGGAGAUAUUCCCAGUAAAUGCUUCUUAUCAGAAAGCCCUGACAGCAAAAGAGAACAUGUGGUCAAAGCUGACCCCGCCACUGAUUCUAAUGUGCCAUCUCCAAGUCUUCCUUUGAAAAAAGAAACGGUGUGUGUAGAAAAUGUUGUUUCCUCAAAAGCAAGAGUUUGGAGUCACAGACGAACCAUGUCAGAUGGAAAUCCAUGCCACUCCACAACCAAUGGAAUUUCUAAUGGGACUACAGAUAUUCUUCAUGCUCCAUCCCUCCAGCAAAGAAACUUUCAUGCUGAAAAGCAUGGACCUGUCAAUAUUAUACCAAGACCUCGACCUUCUUCUUUAAGAAGCAGAUUGGAUCCAUGGCAGGCUGUUUCACAGAAUAUGAAGUCAAGCCCUGUUGAGAUGGAUAAUUCAGAGGGCAAUAGAAGUUCAAAGACAAACUCAUUAGCAGACACUGAAGAGAGAACUAAAUCCCAUAUGCCCACUUUACUUGACAUUGAUGUAGAAGGUCAGAACAGUGACUGUACCGUGCCGUUAUGUAGAAUGAAGAAUAAAGCUAAUCGACCAUCAAUAUAUGAACUGGAGAGGGAAUUCUUGUCUUAAGUGCCUUGGAUUUUUAAUUCAAUUUUAAAGAGAAAUUCUUUUUGAAGAUUGUUGCUUGUGCAUAUGACAGCCUUUUUCUAAAUAUUUUUAUGAAUAAUUGUGAUAUUACACCAGCUAAAUAAAAUAUUAAGUAUAGAGAUGAUAUUCCAGGUGAAAGCCACUUUGGUGUUCAGUUACAGUAUUCAGGAAGAAUAUAUACAUAUGAAAAUUGAUUAAUUUUUCACAGUUGUAAUUUAUCUCUCUUUUUUUACCAAAUGUCAAAUCCCUUUUCUGAAUUCCAGUUGAAGUUUUACCUACUUUUUCCAUUACCCGUUUAGUCCAGAAUAAACGGAAGACCCAUGAAGACUAAUUAUAAGUAAAAACAUUUUGUGACAUAUGGCUUUCUCAAAAGAUUAUUUUGAAGAUGUAUUGUUUCAUCUGUGAAGCAGAAAUUCUGAUGACAUUUGGUAAUCAUGCAAUGCUAUUUUAGAAUGCAGCUAUGAUAUAGUAAGAAUUAAUGUUAUCUUAAUUUCAGCAAAGCUAGCAUUUUAUCCAAAGUAAAUAUCUACUUCUUAUCAAUUCUAUUCAAUGAGAUGCACAUUUAGGAUCACAGUUCUCAACUGAAAAGUAUUUUCACUAGGCAAACUUCAGAGACAAUGAUUUGAUUAAAAUAUGUAACAUCUUUCAUAUGAAUUAUUAUAUAUGGGUAAAUAUAUACUCUGGUAUAUAUGCAUCCAUUACUCCAGUUUGCAUUUUAAAAAGGAGUAAUAUUUGAUCACAGUUUCAAAAUUCAUGGGUGAGGUGUUGGGAGAAAAUCAGGAAAGGGGCAUUUUUAAAUUAGAAAAAUCUGUUGUUUUUAAUGUCUAAUAUAAGUAAUUAUUUUAUUAGAAAAUAAGUUAUUGAAAAUGUUCAAAUCAGAUGUAUGCUUUAUUGUGCCAACUCUUUAUCUGAAUUUCUUUUGUCAGUGCCUGGUCUUCAGAAAGAUAAAACCUUAUAAAUCUUACUUCUUACUUGGUGUCAUUAAAUGUAGGUUUUUUAAAAAAAAAAUACCAGUCAUUAUUCAUUGAUAAAGGUGCAUUUCAAAGGUUUGAUAUGAACAGUUAAUUUAAAUACUGUUUUGUCCCGUUUAAACCUAACAGUAUUUAUUUUUAAAGAGUUCUUGAAGGUAUUUUGAGAUAUUGAGGCAUUAUGAAAUUAUAUAGUAUUCUACAAUCGAUUCCACUAAAUUGGGCAGAAAUAAAAAUGUUUACUGAAUGAUAAGUUAUUUUGUACCUGUAUGCCUUUGUGGUUUAAAGAUCCAAAUAGCCUGUUGCUUGAGUGUCAGGUACUUGUGCACGUAAGUUUUUCAUACUUUAGCCGUUACACAUUCUCCUGAUGUGAUAUCACAAACCUCAGCAGCCUACUCAACAUAGAUAAUGAUGAGGAAUAUUCAAUUUCAGUCCAAAAACCUUUGGAUGGCUUUGUGAUUUUCACUCAGGGUUUGGCUACAGAGGCCAAAAUGAGAGCAUUGCUUUUUCGGAAAAGGAUUCUGCUCCCCAGUUUUUCCCUUCCAUACUCAAACUUAUAGCACUGCAGAGGUUCACACCUAGAAGUCUUACCGUAUAAACUUGAAGAUAAGCCGAGUUUUUCAGCCCUUUUUAUGAGCUGAAAAAGCCUCCCCUGGUUUAUAAUCGGGUCAAGGCCGGCAACGGAGCCUGCAGGCUAUUGCUUGCAAUAUGUGAUCUAUUUCUCUCUUCACCCUUAUUAGUGUGUUUUCUUUUGCAAAGCCUCCCUUGCUCUUAAUCAAGGCAAUGUUUUGAAAAGAGAAAGAUGCUCUUGCAAGUCAGAAAGAAGAAAAAUAUAUAUUCAUUAAUCUUAUGAAAGCAUUUCCCCUGAAAUAUUUGUUAAACUCUCCUACAGAUAUAUAGGCAUUAACCCCUUGCAAGCUUUUGCAAUCUCUAUGUACCUUUAUAUUUGUAUCUAUCUAUAUACAUUAAUUUUAUAUAUGAAUUUUCCCCUCAUAUGUUUGCAGGUCUUUGCAAAUCCUUUAUACAUAUAGAUCCAUGUGCCUGUGUAUCUGUAGCCAUACAUAUACAUUAUUUUUAUAUAUGAAUUUAUCCUCAUAUGUUUGCAAGUAUCUGCAAAUUCUAUAUAGAUAUAAUUAUAUAUAUAAAGAGAGAUGUCUGGAUAGAUAUGAAUAUAUUCUUACCUACCUAUAUAUAGGGCUUGCAGAUAUUACGGGGGGGGGGGGGGAAUGAACACACAAAUAUAUAUAUAUAUAUAUAUAUAUAUAUAUAUAUAUAUAUACACACACACACACACACACACACACACACACACACACAUGUUUUUAUAUAUAAUAUGGCUUUCAAAUAUUGUAGGGGAAAUGCACACAUACAUAGAGAGGGAGGAUUUGCAAACGUUUCAGGGGGAAAUGCAUAUAUGAAAUUAGUAUCAAUAAUUAUAGAUCUAUAUCUAGCUCUGCAUUGUUUAUAUAAGCAUUGAAUGUUUGCCUGUUACUAUGUUGGAAGCCGACCUGAGUCCCCAUGGGAAAACAGGGUUUGAUACAAAUGAAGUUGUUGUUGUUGUUGUUGUUGUUGUUGUUAUAUUAUUGUUGAUACCAUAUUGUUUUUGUUGCCUCUGCUUUUCCACUUAUAGAGCUAGUUUAUUGUUUUUCUUUGAAAUACGGUAAAUAUUCAAAAACAUUUAACCUACUGAUACCUGGAUUAAUGAAAUUUUAUUGGUAUCUAUUUUUAUUUUGAAAUUUAUCCAUAGCUGCUGCAUUUCCCACCCUCGGCUUAUACUCGAGUCAAUAAGUUAUCACAGUUUUUUGUGGUAAAAUUAGGUGCCUCGGCUUAUAUUCAGGUCGGCUUAUACUCGCGUAUAUACGGUAUAUUUUCUGUGUUCAUAUUCCCUUCUUACUUUUCCUUGCCAUUUUUCUUUGAAUGCCUAAACUGUUAGGUAAGAUCCCUGUGUAUUUUGAGGGGAUAUGAUCCCGGCCAGCCCAUGGUUACCUGAAACCACAGAUAUGACUAAACCCCAUUAUAUUAAAAUAUCUAGCAUACUAUAGAGUUGUGUUGGAGGACCAAGAGAUUCCUUCCCCCCAAAUGUGUGUUAGUGAAUCUGAAUAUGGAUUUUGUGGUUAUAGGAGUUUUACUGUAUUUCAGAAGGCUCAAGUGCUAUAAUUUUCAAAAUUUGGAGAGGGAUGGCAAUCUUCAUUUCAGUGGCCAAAUUCAUCUUGAGAGGAGAAUGAUCUCAUUUUGUUCACCUCCCAACUAUAAACUGUUUCUACCCUGAUUUACACCAUAGAGGAUCUCACUCCACACAGUGUUUCAGAAGACGCUUUAGGAGUGGGAGGAGCAGUGAGGGUCUGUGGUGAAGAGAGGGGACCAAGCAACCUAAGGAUGCGCAAGAGGAAAUAUACAACCUUUCACGCCCUUCUACCUCUUCAUUUGUUUCAUAUCAAACACAAACAAUUGGAUUGCUUGUUCAGAAAACUUCAUAAACUUUCGGAGCCAAUUGUGAAAAUGCAGUCCUCUGUUUCAGAGUCUUAGACUGGAUGCCAGAUCCAGUUAAAGCUCGUGACAAAAGGUUUGUCUGGGAUGAAAAUUCCAAUAGUCCAUUUGUGUUCUGCUCUUGAUGUCUUCUAGGAGUAGCAUCGGUAAGAUUUGUGUGGAAUAAUGAACAAUUAUUCCAAAUAUAUCUUACACACUGAAGAGGGGGCAAGCUUUUUUCUGCUCUAGGGACUAGGAGCAAUGGAACCAAAUUGCAGGAAAAAAUAUUAGACCUAAACAUUAGGAAAAAAUUCCUGGUGGAAAAAGCUGUUUAGCAAUGAAAUAUGCUGCCUCAGGUCAUGGUGGAGUUUUCUUCUCUGGAGGUUUUUAAGCAGAGACUGGAUGGCCACCUGUCAGGGGUGCCUUGAUUCCUGCAUGGCAGGGGUUUGGAAUGGAUGGCACUUUUGGUCUCUUCCAAUUCUAUGAAUCUUAAUUUUAUCAGGUGUACUUCACCCUACCUCAGACUCAUGGUUUAGCUGUGACAACGUUCCUGAAUGGCUAUUCUGUGACUGGUGAAGAAUGUGGAGGAUCAGAGAAGUAUCUGACUUAAUAAUCAUACUUAAUAGCAGAUACAGACGGAUGACACCAUAGUCCAACACCUUAGAGGCCAGAUGCUUCACUAAUUCCAUCCACUCACCUGCCACAGAAUGGCAAUUGAGAGGAAUAAUUGUGGAAAAAUGUGAGUCUUGGGUUUAGGAGUGGAAAGCCUGUGUGACAUUCCAUGUAAUGAACUCUUACAAUAUCCUAGGGAAUGUAGGAACCCUGGAAAUGUUGGUGGCACAGUUUUUUUUUAAUAAAACAUGUUAUUUAUUUAAAAUGUUUUUUUUAAAAAAAUCAUCAUUGUUUCUCUUCACUACUAUGUAGAUGUGCUAUUUUCUGACUAACUACUGUAUGCAAAAUGUCAUAUAUUGUGCAGUACUUUUUCAGAUGUCCCUGUACAUGCUGAAUUGGGACAUUCACUUGGCUCAUUUUUCAUAACUUGCUGGAAUUUACAAAUUUAUUCAGAAAUUCAGUGAAAAGAAUGUGAGACUUAAAUAAAAAAUGAAAGUGGCAGAAAAUGAAACUGA